AUGGAAUGGGCAACCCAGAAAGGAUGGACACAAUCCAUGAUGCAAAUUCUCUGUUCAGUUGUUGGCAAGACGGAAGUUGCAGACCACAUGUUCUGGUCUUUGGAAGAACAUUCAUAUGACGUGCAGACAGGGCUGGAGUUUCCAUCUGCAGUUCACCUGGCUGAUUCUGCAGGUGCAGGUGACCUUGUUGAUCCGAAUGUAACCAUAGCCGCCAUUUCUCCCCAGCCUUAUGCCGCUGCCGAACCUGAACUCAUAGAGCCCGUCAUGGUGAUCACUGAUCCACCGGCUAGUGACACUACUGGAAUUUACUAG